AUCACUGAGGAAGCAGAGCAGCCCCUGCUCAGUCACGCAGUCCUCACUCACCGUUGGAUGGUAGCCAUUUUUUCUUGAGAGCGCACAUCUUCCCCAAUGAUGUGGUUCAUGGAUGUUUUCGUUUCAAUCCGUCAAAGAUCGACUUGAGUGCUGUUGAUAGUUGGCUGGGGUUGCAGGCAACGAAUUGGUGGGUGCUGUUCUUGUUCUCCCUUUGCUAGGGUCGACUUGAGGGCUGCUGAUACUUGGCUGGGGGUGUAGGCAACGAAUUGGUGUGGGUGCUAGUUAUAUUUGGCCCUCUGCUAAGACCGAAUGGUGGACGACAGUGGAGAGAGCGACCCCCUAGAGUCUUUGGCUUCAAAAAUUGACUUCAAGAUGAAUUUACUCAACGAUGUCAUGACUGAACACAGAGAGAUAAAACAAAUAAUCAGUGGGGUCAUGAAAGAAAAGGAGAGUCUCCAACAAGGGAAGGACAGGCUCCAACAAGAGGAGGAGAGGCUCCAGCAAUUGAAGGAGAGGCUCCAGCAUGAGCAUCUUGAAAAUGGAGAGACUUUAGCAAGAAUGAAGGAGGACAUUUUAUCAUCCAAGAAAACAUUGGUGGAAGCAAGGGAUGCACUUGUGUCAUCAACAGAGUUGAUUUCCCAAAAGGACACAUACGUGGAGUUCCUAAAGAAAAAGCUUCAAGAGAUUGAAGCCAAGAAUAAUCAAGUUGAGCAACAGGGUGGUACUAAGCCUACUGAACCAGGAGGGGUGCAAACAAAGUCAAUGCAGAAGAGGAAAAGGCAAUCUGAAGGACCUUUGGACUAUGGUUCUGACACAAAUGAGCCUACAAGCCAAUUGUUUGACCAACCACUGUCUCCUUUGGGAUCACUAGAGAAUCCUCAUGUGCAGAAAAGAUCAAUGAAGAUGAAGAGAAGGCUAUUUGAAAGAACUCUGGGUAAUGAUGCUGACAAUCUUGAAGUAAUAAAAGAGGGCCCCAGGCGAGAGGUGGCCAACAACCCAACUGUUGGGCAAACCUCAGGUGUUCAGUUGUGCAAUGAAGAUGACCUAGAGGCAAUCAUAGACGAGCUGAUCAAGGGAUUCCUUGAAAUUGAUUAUGGUAGACGGAAAAUUGGGAUAAAGGAAAUGGGGGAGCUGAGUGAGAAGGCAUUCAAGACUGCCUGUCGUGCCAAGGUACCUCCUAAAGAAGUUGGUGCGACAUUUGAUCAGUUGUACUCAUCAUGGCAGCAGCAGCUUGGUGACCUAAGUUGGUAUCCCUUCAAGAGUGUCACAAUUGAUGGGAAUUGUCAGGAGAUUGUGAAUUUGGAUGAUGAUAAACUGCAAGAGCUGCAAGGGGUAUGGGGACAGGAUGCCCACAAUGCUGUCGUUACUGCACUGUUGGAAAUGAAAGAAUAUAACCGCCUGAGCGACAGAAGCAUUGCCUAUGAGCUAUGGAACUACAAGGAGGGGAGGAAGGCCACUACAAAGGAGUGUGUUCAAUACCUGUUCAAUCAGGUGAAGAUACUUUCGGUGUCCAACCGCAGGAAUAUUCUCAGGUCCAGAGGCAGAGCAUGAAACUGCCUCCCAACUCUAAAAAAUCUGUCGCGACACAGGAAUCCACAAGCUCCUUUGGAUUAUGCACAUAUAUGCCCAUGACUUAAGUAGGCCAUGGUUCUGCUUCAUAGAAGCAGUGCCUAUGAUGUAGUGAGCACACAUCUCUGGACUGAUGAACAAUCAGAGUGUAGUCAUAGGACUGUAAGGAAUUAUGGUUUAAGACUAAUUGACUAUGACCUGUAUGUUACCCUCAUAAACUUCCAUGCUUCGUAUUAGGACUAUGUUUGUGUUUCAGUUCUCUUAA